AUGGGGUCGUCGGAGGCCGACGAGGACCAGCUCCUCAAGAGCUUCCUCGCGGAGGUCAGCGAAGCCGAGCGGGACAACGAAGUGCUCAGGAUACUUGGUUGCUUCAAGUUAAACCCCUUCGAGCAUCUUAAGUUGUCUUUUGAUUCAUCACCAAAUGAGGUGAAAAAGCAAUAUAGGAAGUUGUCAUUGUUGGUCCAUCCUGAUAAAUGCAAGCAUCCUCAGGCACAAGAAGCUUUUGCAGCUCUGGCAAAAGCACAACAGCUCCUGCUUGAUCCACAGGAAAGAGGCUACAUUCUUGACCAAGUUACUGCUGCAAAAGAAGAAUUGAGGGCAAAGCGGAAAAAGGAGCUGAAGAAAGACAGUGCGUCCAAGAUAAAAUCCCUCGUAGAUGAGGGGAAAUAUGAAGAGCAAUUUGAACGAUCGGAUGAAUUUCAGAAGCAGUUAAUAAUUAAAGUACGUGAAAUUUUGACGGAGAAAGAAUGGCGUCGGAGAAAGAUGCAAAUGAGGAUAUCAGAGGAAGAAGGAAGACUCAAGAAGGAUGAGGAGGAAACAAAAGAGAUGUGGAAGAGGAAGAGAGAGCAUGAAGAGAAGUGGGAGGAGACCAGAGACCAGCGGGUCUCCAGCUGGAGGGAUUUCAUGAAGACAGGAAAGAAGGGACGGAAAGGUGAAAUCAAACCUCCAAAACUUAAGACUGAAGAUCCGAACAAAUCGUAUGUGCAAAGGCCAGUAAAGCGCAAUUGA